AUGAAGUCUAAAAUAAACGGUAUAACAGAUGAUAUAUCAAAAAUUCCAUUUGAAGAUCAAAGGUUUUAUGCAUUAAAUGCAUUUCCAAAAAUGAUAAAGAUAGGUAAAUUUGAUUUAAAUGAAAAGUUUAUUCAAGACUUUUUAAACAAUAUUGACCUCAAAGCUGAUAAAACUUACGUUGAUAAUGAAUUAGAAAAGAAAGCAGAUAAAACAUGGGUUGAAUUAAAGAUAAAAAGAACUACUAAAAUUCCUUGUUUAUAUGUUUAUGAAUUCUUAACUCAAAGAAUCUCUUAUGUCAGAGAAAUUGUUGGUUAUUAUAAAAAUAAAGUACCAGCUCCUGUAUCAUUUCCUUCAGGUAUCAAAUUAAAAGGUAAAGAUUUAGAAAGUCAAAUCAAAUCAAUGAAAGAAAGAAUUAAAACAUUAGAAACAAAAGUAGAUGAACUGAAUCAAACAUUAUCAAAAGUUUUAGAAAAAAUUUAA